CUGGGACCCUGCUGGCCCCCCACAACCGUGCCGCCUGCUGCCCUCGCUGCCACAACCAUGAGGCUCCUGUGCCGCUCCAGCCUCUUGCUCUGCACGCUGCCGCUGCUGCUCCAGGCCACAGGCGGCCUUGGCCUCGUCCCCCAGGCCAGAGGACAGCUCUGCCGGACGCGGCCCACGGAUCUGGUGUUUGUGGUCGACAGCUCUCGCAGCGUCCGGCCCGUGGAGUUUGAAAAGGUGAAGGUGUUCCUGUCCCAGGUCAUCGAGUCUCUGGACGUGGGGCCCAACGCCACCCGGGUGGGCGUGGUCAACUACGCCAGCGCAGUGAGGCAAGAGUUCCCGCUGCGGGCUCACGGCUCCAAGGCCGCCCUGCUGCAGGCCGUGCGCCGCAUCCGGCCGCUGGCCACCGGCACCAUGACGGGCCUGGCCAUCCAGUUCGCCAUCACCAAGGCCUUGAGCGACGCCGAGGGUGGCCGCGUCACGUCCCCAGGCAUCAGCAAGGUGGUCAUCGUGGUGACGGACGGGAGGCCGCAGGACAGCGUGCGGGACGUGUCUGAGCGGGCCCGGGCCAGCGGCGUCGAGCUGUUCGCCAUCGGCGUGGGCGGCCGCGUGGACAAGGCGACGUUGCGGCAGAUCGCCAGCGAGCCGCAGGACGAGCACGUGGACUACGUGGAGAGCUACAGCGUCAUCGAGAAGCUAUCCAAGAAGUUCCGGGAGGCCUUUUGCGUGGUGUCAGACCUGUGUGCCACGGGCGAUCACGACUGUGAGCAGGUGUGCGUCAGCUCCCCGGGCUCCUACACCUGUGCCUGCCGCGACGGCUUCACGCUGAACAGCGACGGCAAGACCUGCAACGUCUGCAGUGGCGGCGGCGGCAGCUCAGCCACCGAUCUGGUCUUCCUCAUUGAUGGGUCCAAGAGCGUGCGGCCGGAGAACUUUGAACUGGUGAAGAAAUUCAUCAACCAGAUCGUGGACACGCUGGACGUGUCGGACCGGCUGGCGCAGGUGGGGCUGGUGCAGUACUCGAGCUCCGUCCGCCAGGAGUUCCCGCUGGGCCGCUUCCACACCAAGAAGGACAUCAAGGCGGCCGUGCGGAACAUGUCCUACAUGGAGAAGGGCACCAUGACCGGCGCCGCCCUCAAGUACCUCAUCGACAAUUCCUUCACGGUCUCCAGUGGGGCCAGGCCCGGCGCCCAGAAGGUGGGCAUCGUCUUCACGGAUGGCCGGAGCCAGGACUACAUUAACGAUGCUGCCAAGAAGGCCAAAGACCUCGGCUUUAAGAUGUUUGCCGUGGGCGUGGGCAACGCGGUGGAGGACGAGCUCCGGGAGAUCGCCUCGGAGCCCGUGGCGGAGCACUACUUCUACACGGCUGACUUUAAGACCAUCACCCAGAUCGGCAAGAAGCUGCAGAAGAGGAUCUGCGUGGAGGAAGACCCGUGUGCCUGCCAGUCCAUCAUGAAGUUCCAGGCCACAGUGGACGGGCUGCUGCAGGCUCUCACCAGGAAACUGGAAGUUGUGAGCAAGCGGCUGGCUGUCUUGGAGAACAGAAUCGUCUAGGCCUGCUGCAGCCUCCCUGCCUCUCCAGCCCGAGCCUGGCUUCGCGAGUCCUGUGUGUGCCCCCUGAAGCCUCGAGUGUAGUCUAGCUUGGCCAUUUCCGUGUGUGGGGCCCUGGAAGUAUCAGCCGCCACCCCAGCCUCUGCCACCCUGCCAGCUUGGGAGUUGGGGGGGCGGGGGGUCCGUGUGUACCUGUUGGAGUGUGUGACAGCAUUGGGAGCUUGUGUGUGUGUGUGUGUGCACACGUGUGUGCAUGUGUGAGUGUGAGCAUGGGUGUAUGUCUGGGAGCGGGAACGUGUGUGUACCAGUGAGACCCCAGGGGUGAGUGGGACAGGGACUGCAUUUGCAAUUUUUUCCUAUCAAAAGCUUAAUAUAUUCCUAUUUUUUUAGUUAACCCUUUCUUGACUCCACGUGCUGUGAAUCUCUCUUUUGAUUUCUCUAUCCCCUGGUGACAAAUGAUUAAAUGUGAUUUAACUUGA